AUGGCUGAGCCUCAGGGUGGUGAUGGCGCAUCUGACGGUGGCCGGAAGGGCAACGGAAAGCGAGCUAGUAGUGCAGCAGAGGGGGAAGUUACGGCGGCCACAGUGGCUACGCCUACUGCUCCAUGUGGGGCGUGCAAGUUCUUGAGGAGGAAGUGCAUUAGUGGGUGCAUCUUUGCUCCCCACUUCAGUUCCGACCAGGGGGCGGCUCGUUUCGCGGCUGUGCACAAAGUUUUUGGCGCAAGCAAUGUGUCGAAGCUAUUGUUGCACAUUCCGAUUAACAGGCGGCAGGAUGCUGUUGUUACCAUAUCAUAUGAAGCUCAGGCGAGGUUGUCUGAUCCAGUUUAUGGUUGUGUGUCAACCAUACUUGCUUUGCAACAACAGGUGGCAUCCCUACAAGCUGAGCUGGCAAUGGUGCAAAACCAGUUGAUAAACAGUAGGUUUGCAGUAGCAAAUGCCAUUCAGAGCUCACAUCAACAGCAACACCUUGCAAUGCCACAGCCAGCGUACUCCAACGCCUCUUCAGCUUCAAAUUGCCUCAUCAACUUCAACUCUAGUUUUGAUCUCGCGGUGGCGGGGGAAAACACUCCCUCUUCACAAAGGUUUGAGCAUCUUCAACUUUGCGGACCCACUCAAGAUGAAGAGGAAGAUGAACAAGACAGUCGCAAUCCAGUGGCAUUUCCUAAUCAAAUACUUCACUCCAGAUAA